AGAUAGAUAGAUAGAUAGAUAGAUAGAUAGAUAGAUAGGUGAGCAGGUGACCGUUAAUUCGCGCUAAUUCUCUGAAAACAACAGCCAGGAGAGUGACAUCAGCGGUGAUCCCGGGCCCCUCGCGCGGGGAUUGGUUGAGACUCACUCACCCUGUCCCGCGCGCUAAGCUCGCGUUUCAGUCAGUGUGUGAGUGAGUGAGAGAGAGAGUGAGGGGAACCGAGGACCGAACGCGCGAUCUCUCCCGGACCUCCACCGGUACAGUGGUAUCAUGGGGAACGCGCCCGGUACGUCUCUGGAAGAGCUGAGCGCGUGCGAGUCGCACCAGUGGUACCGGAAGUUCAUGACCGAGUGUCCGUCCGGUCAGCUCACGUUCUACGAGUUCAAGAAGUUCUUCGGGCUGAAGAAUCUGUCGGAGUCCUCAAACGAGUACGUCACGACCAUGUUCAACACCUUCGACAUGAACGAUGAUGGCUGUAUAGACUUCAUGGAGUACGUGGCGGCUCUGAGUCUGAUCCUGAAGGGAAACGUUCAGCAGAAGUUACGCUGGUACUUCAAACUCUACGACGUGGACGGCAGCGGAUGCAUCGACCGCGACGAGCUGCUGCUGAUCUUCAAGGCCAUUCGAGCCAUCAGUGGAGUCGAGCAGGAGGUUUCAGCUGAAGAGUUCACUGGCAUGGUGUUCGACAAGAUUGAUCUGAAUGGAGAUGGGGUUUUAUCUCUGGAUGAGUUCAUGGAGGGAAUCCAGGCGGACGAGACGCUCUUGAAGAUGUUGACCCAGACUUUAGAUCUGUCUCAUAUCGUCAAGAAGAUCUACAGCGAGAUCAACUCUGAGGAGAAGGUCACCUGACCCAGCCCAGCCCGAGAUCAUGAUGAAGAUGAUGAUGAUGAUGAGCGCUGGCUCUGGUUCUGUGAGUGGCGUCUGGACGGGUCGGUUUACGGCUGAACUUCACUGUCGAGUGAGGAGGUUUAAACCCUCGACACAUCAGAUAUUAACAGGAUUAACUGUGUGGGACUGAACUUUAAAAGCCAACAGCUGAUCAUUCUCCUGUAAUCUUACAGAAUCACGGUAGUGAACUAGAGCAAACCCUUCAAGUGCACUUAAAAAUGUUUCUUCUGUUCCAAUCAUUCCUGUAAAAUACAACAUUUCUUCAGUCCUGUGAUGUUUAUCAGAAGAAUUACAAUUAUUUUCAUGUGGAAAAAAAAAUUGGAGUAUUAUAUUUUGUAGGACACACUUAUAAUGUUAUUUCACUUUUCAAAAUAAAUUUCAAAAUAGAUUCCUUUUUCAAAAUAAAACUUGAACGUGUAAAUUCUAUGCAGAAUAAUAACUAUAAACAGCCUCAAAAUAUGUGACAUGAUACAUCGAAUUGACUAUCAGUGCAAUUUUGUAUUUAUGUCACAAACAUUUGUUAAAAAUUAUUAUUUGUAUGAAAUACAUGUAAAUUAACAAUUAUAAUCAGCAUUAUUUAAGUAUUAUUUAUAUACAAUUAAAGUGUUUAUCACGGAAGCCCUGAACCGCAAGGUGAGAAAAAAAAAGAAAACUUAUCUCGUUAUAACGACAUAAUAAGGGGCGCAUUCUAAUAUGCGUUAAGCUAUAUUUAGCGUUCUUAUAAUGACUUUCUAUGGGGGGACAUUGAUUAACGUCAAAUUGAACGCUUUGCGUUCAAAUUCUAGACUUUUCUGAUUUUUGUAGUAUACUUAUAAGUUUAGAAUCAUAAUAAUUAAAAGAAAUGCACGCACAAUCCGUGAGCUUGAUAAAUGUUGCAGUUUUAGGCUACUAUCCACAAACAAAUUGGGUUCAAUUGUGCAAACUUCAGAAUUCAACGAAUGCACUGCAACAACAAAAAUA